CAUUGACGUUAACGUCCUCCAAUGGUAUAGUGUUUCUAAAAGUAAUCAGUCCCACCCUUUCAGCGAAUGCCAGAGAGACUCGGUAAUGGCGACAGGUUUGUCAGGCAAACUGACAUGGCGUAAUAUGGUGUGGGAAGUCAAAACUCAACCGAUGCCCGAGAGAGUUGUGGAAUCGCAGGUGGAGACUGUAGGUAUGGAUGAGGCCUUUGACAUGCUCAAGUGCAAUGAAGAUCUGCCUUCUUCUCCAGGAUGCCCUUCCACUGGGAGUCAUAUGGAAUAUGAUGACCUCCCAGAGCUGCAGGAGGUGCAGGAGAAUCAGGCCUCUCCAGUAGGCGUGUUCCAAGUCGAGGCGCGUGUGUCGCAUCAGGAAGGCCCCGGGGGGGCCUGGGGCUCAGGGGUGGAUGGAGCCUCCUCCCCUCACACCAACACCAACUGGCUGGCAGAGCUGGCCAACAUCGCCACCAGCCCACAGAGUCCCCUGCUGCAGAAUGUCCCCCACAGCAGAUCCUCCCCUGUGCACAUCUUUGCCACCAGUAACAGUUUACAUUCCUACGCCCGCCCCCCCCAGGCCUCCAGCGCCCCCAGCCCCGCCCGGAGCCAUAUGAGGGAGCGCAGGCGCGUCAGGGCCAUCAGCGAGUCAGAGUCCGGUAGCUUCUGCAUGUCCUCGCUGUCAGAUGAUGAUGACAUGGGAUGGUCCCACUCUUGGCCCUCCACCGUCUGGCACUGCUUCCUGAAAGGAACUCGUGUGCGCUUCCACAAGGGCUCUAAUCUAGAGUGGCAGGAUGUAGAAGACCUUUGCCAUUCAGACGACGAGUCAGACGACGAUGGAAGAAUGUCAUCCAUCUCUUCUAAGGGCUAUGGUUCAGAGGGUCUGAAGUUGAUGGCGUUUGAGGAGAUUGUGUCUUUUGGCCAAUCUGUACACAAAUUGACCUUUGACCCUGGCUCUCCAGAAGAUGGCUUUUUAACCACUGAGUGCAGAUUAGACCACCCCUUUUAUGUGAAAAACAAAGGGUGGUCCUCCUUCUAUCCGAGCCUUACUGUGGUGCAGUAUGGAAUCCCCUGCUAUGAUAUGCAUGUGGGAGACCUGUGUCUACCUCCAGGGCACAAAGAUGCCAUCAACUGCGAUGACUCUGUUGUUUUUGACACAUUCAGAAGUUAUGACUUCACCCCUCUGGACUCGUCAGCUGUGUACGUCCUGAGUAGCAUGGCUCGCCAGCGCCGCGCCUCCCAGUCAAGUGGGGGCGCUGUCAGCCCAGACUGUGACAAGCUGGGGCGUGACCAGGAGCCCUCCAGCUCCGCCCCUUCCCCCAACAGCAAAUCCAAUCGGAACUCCAACUCAGGAACAACAAACAGCAACACCACCACGCCCACCAAAUGCAAGCGGCCAAUGAACGCCUUCAUGCUGUUCGCCAAGAAGUACCGUGUGGAGUACACCCAGAUGUAUCCUGGCAAGGACAACAGAGCCAUUAGCGUGAUCCUGGGGGACAAGUGGAAGAAGAUGAAGAAUGAGGAGAGGAGGAUGUACACCAUGGAGGCCAAGGCUCUAGCGGAGGAGCAGAAGCGCCUGAAUCCCGACUGCUGGAAACGCAAGAGAACCAACUCGGGUUCCCAGCAGAACUAGACCCCCAUAUGCAGGAGAUCACCAUGGAAACGUGAACUGGACACAACAAUAAACCGAUCCCGUCUCUCCUGUACGAUCGACGAGACUUAACUGUGAUGCUGAAUACACAUGCUUUGUUUUAAAGGAAAACCGCUUAACCCAGACAUUAUGCCGAUAAAUGUUAUAAAAAAGAGAAAAUCAAAUGCAAACUUAAAAAAAACACGUAAUCUAGUUAACUAACAGUGCUUAUAUAUUUUCUUAUAUUUUCAGUGACAGAAAUGCCUUAUUCUUCCAAAGUAAGAAAUCACUCAGUACUUUUUUUCAGGUAAUUUCAUAUUUCUAGGCUUGAAACCUGAGAUCUUGUGGUGCUAUGAUAGAUGCUGAAGGAGCAGAGUUCAGACAAAUGUCUAUUUUUAAAUGUAAAAAGGGGAAAUUUUAGAUAGCCUUUGUUGCAGCUGUUCAUAUUAAUUAUAUUGGUAUAACUCAAUAUCUUGCACAUUGACUUGGUAACCCGGUAAACUUUGUAUUCUCUGAGGGGCUGGCAGGUUCUUGUACUAUAGAGAAAGACCUGCUCAGUAUAGGCCAUAUACACGUGUGUGACUAACCACUCUGCCAUAUGACGAUGUAUUAUUAUGUACAUGGGGUGGACGCACACACACUCUCACACAACACUUCAGGGCCAUGCCAUCACUGUAAGUGUUUUUGUUUUUUUGCACUUUAUAUACAUAUAACCUUAUAAAACCAAUAAAUGUAUACAGCCUGAAAGUUUUGUGCUUAAAAAACAAAAAUAGAAACUUUAUAUAUCUUGCUGAAAUAUAUCCUUUUUUUUGACACAAUCAUGGCCAAACUGUAUAGCUCAGUGUUGUGCUCUGCAGAUUUGCCAUUGCAUUACAUUUAUAAAAAUUUGUUUAUAAUGUACAGGUCCACGUUCCAUGUUAAAACUCUUGCACAAACUAUUCUUGUACUAUAAAUAAACAUUUGAAACUUGCUAUCA